AUGAACGGAAACCCGGAUCCAUUGUCGCUUCCAGAGCGUCAAACAUCGCUUAAAUCCCAAAUGAUCACAUUACAAAACGAGUUUGAGAUUGAGCUACUGAUGAAAGACCGACAAGUUUCUUUGAUUGAUAAGAAGUACCGUGAAACUUUGGAAGAAUUGGAGCAGUCGAUUGCUGAUACCAAACAUUUGUAUGAGUCUAAUGGGCACCUGGAGAAAGAGCUGGCCGCAGCGAGGGAAGAACUUGCGAAAUUGAAAAAAGCGGAAGUGAGCAACAAAGCUACGUUUGAUAGAGAAAUCUCUUCAAGAAACAGACAGUUUGAACAGGUGAGAUCGGAUGCGGAGACGAAAUAUUCAGAAAUCAAGCACCAGCACCAAAAUGUUAUCGUUGAGCUGAAUGGGACUAAGAGCACUUUGAAAAGAUACGAAGAAGAACUGAAUUCUCAGAACGAGGAAAUCAAACGUAUAAAGCAAUCCUGCUCGGCGAAAGACGAUGAAAUCGCGACUUUGAAGGCUUCGCGCGUCGUAAUGGCUCAUCAUAACUAUUCCACGGAAGAAUUAGAAGAACUCACGACGCUUAAUACAUUGCUGGCCGAACAAGUAAAUUUCGGUAAAUCUCUCGAAAAGGCCAAUUUAGAGCAGGCCAGCGAGUUGAAAAGGCUUCGAGCCGCUCAAGAGUCGCAACGAUUUUUAAAAAGCGAGAACGAGCGGCUUCGGACUAAAGUGGAGGAAAUUUCAGAGUUGGAAUCUCGAAACGAAGAACUUCAACUUGAAAAUAUCAAUUUAAAAUCGGCUUUGACCUCUUGGGAAGUAUACGACAGUAACAAUGCCGACGGGGUUUCUCUGCCGCCAGAGGAGAUCAUGCGAGAUUGGAGACUGUUCAAACAAGAAAACGUCAAAUUAAUAGAUCAAAAUUCAAGGCUUGAGCUCGAUCUCAACAAUAUGAAAAUUUUGAAUGACGAACUUGCUCUCGAGAGGAAUCAGUUGCUGGAUUUGAACAAGAGCUACGAGACGAGUAUCCUCAAUCUCAAGAAACUUAACUACGAAAUCGAACAGCACAAGAUGCUAUCCUUUGAGGAAUGCAAAAUACUUCGGCGACAGCUCGACGAUAUGGCAUCUGCCUUGGAUGUUGAUAAGUUUAAGAAUCAAGAUGAAACAUCUAAAGAUCAAGUUGAAUCAUUGGUGCAAGUAUACAAGAACAAAACCCAAGACCUAACAAAUGAAUUGAAAAAACUCAAUGAAGAGCUAUUAGAGCAACAGGAAAUGUUCCCUGCAAAGCGACGGAAAACAAGCGAUGACGUUGCCCUGAACUAUUCUCAGCGUUUGAAUGAGCUAAAGCUCGAAAAUGUGGCUCUGGUAAGGAAACUAGAAUCAAGUUCAGAAACAUGUAUAAUGUUGGAGAGCAAACUUAAAAAAAUAGAGGGACUUCACGAUAAGAAAAUCAGAAUCUUACAGCUGCGCAACAGUCCUUUCUUACAAGAUCAAUUAGUCAAAAAGAAGCAACUAACACUACUUCGUCAGGAGAACGAAGUAUUACUGUCCGAAAAUUUUAAUGAGACCAAUUCUUUUCCGAAAUCCGUUUACGAGCGACUCAAAUUUGAGAAUAAUCAAUUAGAGACGGACAUUCACAAUUACAACAAGAAGAUUACGCGUCUACGGGAGGUUUUCAAUCGAAAAUCGCUUGAAUUCAUUGAGGCAGUCAAUUCUUUACUUGGGUUCAAACUCGAGUUCCUUCCUCAUUCGAAAAUCAAAAUGACUUCAUGCUACAAUUCUGAACGAUUUUUAACAGCUGAUCUGGCCAAAAAUACUCUCACAUCCAAUCUAGACGCAGAGGUUGAGGAUUGGCAAAACUUAUUUAAAGACUUCGUGAUAGAAAAGGGCCAAAUUCCCUGUUUUUUGGCGAGCUUGACACUCAAGUUGUGGGAGCGAACUCAGUAG